GUAGAGCCUGGAGAGACGGUGGCAUUGGUUGGGCAUAGUGGAUGUGGGAAAUCGACAAUUGUGGGCUUGAUUCUGCGAUAUUAUGAUCAGCAAGCUGGAACGCUGACAAUCGACGGUGUACCAGUACGAGACUUGAAUAUCGAGUGGCUGCGGAAUACGGUCGGAGUGGUAACACAAGAGCCAGUCCUUUUUGCGGCAUCGAUAGAGGAGAACAUUCGAAUGGGGAAUGAGCACGUGACCGAACGCGAGAUGAUACAGGCUUGUACGGCAGCGAAUGCACAUCAGUUCAUCACAAAACUACCCAGAGGUUACAAGACGGUCAUUGGUCGUGGAGGUAUUCAGUUGUCUGGGGGACAAAAGCAAAAACUCGCAAUCGCACGCGCGCUUGUCAGAAACCCGAAGAUUCUACUCCUUGACGAGGCCACAAGCGCGUUGGAUACCGAAAGUGAAGUGGCCGUUCAACGCGCUCUCGAUCAGGCUCGUGAAGGUCGUACAACGUUGAUUGUCGCCCAUCGGCUGUCAACAGUCCGCAGUGCCGAUAGAAUAAUCGUCUUUUCGCACGGCGAAAUCGCCGAAAUGGGCACACACUCGCAGUUGAUGUCUCUGCCAGACGGUGUUUACAGGCGGCUGGUUCACGCACAGGAGAUCGGCGAAGCAGAUGACGAGUUCAUCGAUGAAGGUAACCUAAGCAAAUUCCACAACCUUCCCGAGGGAACUUCCCACUGCCGGUGUGGCGCUCCUAUUCACGACAAUUCGUGGUCUGGCAUGGCCCGUUUUUGCGAUAAUUUAUGGUCGAACAUUUUUGGUAAGAGUGUGGUGGGAAGUUUGAAUUUUUUGAGUAGUACUCAGGUGGCAGCACAAAAUCGUGCGGCGUUGAAAGUCUUGAAGGGAAUUUCGCGAAAAUACGUUUUACAGGCGUUGUCCGCGAUCGAUGCCGGUGAGGUGAGCCGCACGACGACGCUGAAUUCGAUUUGGUUCGUUCUACUCGGUAUCGUAACCGGAUUGUCGACAUUCGCUUCGGGAACACUUUUUGGGUGGGUUGGCGAGAAAAUGUCGAUGCGUUUGAGGAUUGCCGUCUUUACAGUAGGUGAUGAUACUCGUUGCUGGGGUAGUGUACUUAUUUAG